CAAUCUCCUAUUCUGCUUUCUUUCCUUUUUUUUCUCAUGAAAUGGGUCUUUUGCUGACCAUCAUCGCAGCAAUUGUAAUUACACUUAUUGUCAUAUUCCUAGUCAUAAAUUUCUGCCGUGGCUCGAACCUUCCACCAACUAUAUUCCCAAGCCUCCCAAUUAUUGGUCACCUCUAUCUCUUUGUGUCAGGAGCCCUCCAAAAGAACUUAGCCAAACUAACCUCUAAAUAUGGUCCGAUUCUUUUCCUUAAAUUCGGGGUUCAAAAUGUCCUCAUAGUCGCCGACCCUAAAAUUACCGAAGAAUGCUUCACCAAGGACAACGACGUCAGUUUCGCUAACCGUCCAAAGCUACAAUUCGCCACGAUUCUUGCAUACAACUCCACUAACACAGCUUGGGCCCCUUACGGCCCAUACUGGCUCCACCUACGAGGGAUCGAGAAAACCCAAUUUUUUUCCUCUACGCGUUUACAAGACUUAUAUGACGUACGGGCGGAUGAAGGAAUGGCUAUGAUACGUAGUAUUGUGCCAGACAGCUCUUCGCAGGUGGACUUAAGCUCGGUAUUCGCUGACUAUAUUACGAAUCUUAUCAUAAUGUGGACAGCCGGGAAAAGGUUUGGCGGGGAAGAUGCAGCGAAAGGGAAAGAGCUACAAGAUAUCGUGAAAACGACGUUUGAGCUUGGGGAUACGAAUUUGGGAGAUUAUUUGCCCUUCUUGAAAUGGCUAGGAUUUACUAAAAGUUUGGAGCAGAGGAUGUGGGAUUGUGUGAAUGAUAGAGAUACCUUCUUCAAUAAUUUGCUUGCAGAAUUCAGACAAGGGAAAGGGGUUCUAAUUGACAAGGAUAAGACCAUGCUUGGAAACUUGUUAAAGCUACAAGACAAGGAUCCCGACUACUGGCCUGAUGAAAUUCUCUCAUCCGUGUUGUUGAAUAUCAUAGCAGAUUGUAUUGACAAAUGUACCUCAACUAUGUCAUGGGCCCUUGCGUUACUGCUAAACAACCCAAGUGCUCUCAAGAAAGCACAAGAGGAGAUCGACAGCGUUGUGGGGAGCGAACGUUUUCUUGAAGAAUCGGACUUGAGUAAUUUGCCUUACCUUGGUUGUGUUUUGAAGGAGACGAUGCGAUUGUACCCUGUAGUCCCAGUACUAGUACCUCACUAUAGCUCGGAGGAAAGUGUAGUCCAAGGCUAUACCAUCCCAAAAGGAACUAUGGUGAUAGUCAAUCAAUGGGGGAUACAACAUGAUUCUAACUUGUGGCCUGACCCUGAAAGUUUUAAACCCGAAAGGUUUGAAUCAGAAAUCACACCCAAGCUGAAGUUCAUGCCAUAUAGUUCAGGAUUAAGGAUGUGUGCAGGAAGUGCAUUGGCUACCCCCUCGGUUGGGCUGGCGAUAGCCUUGGUUUUACAAUGCUUCAAUUGGGAAAGGAUUAGUGACGAAUUGGUUGAUAUGACUGAAGGUUCUGGCCUUGUAUUGAUUAAAGAAAAGCCUUUGGUAGCCAAGUGUACACCACGUCCGAUCAUGGAGAACUUAUCUCAUGCUUGAUUAAGCCCGUACGUCAUAUAUAUGACUUUAAUUAUGGGCUUUAAUGAAAUAAAACCAGAGAUCCAGCAGCUCUGGUAGUUUGUCAUAAUAUGUAUAUCAUAAAUAAGGGAAACUACGUACCUUCAUGCAUGUUGUUUUUUUUUUAUAAAAUUUUUAUCUAUUAACGUUUUGAUUAUAA